AUGAGAUUUUCGGAUUUACCUCUGUUUAAUGGGUUGGAGAGUGAAACAAAUCAAAACUUCCAAAAGAGUAAUGGGAAUGUAGCACUAUUAGUUCCUACAAAUUCUAUUGGUUGUUUAAAUCACGUGAAUCAAUCAAUAGAAGAUUUGGGGAAAAUGCCGCGCUGUGAUUGUGUUGGCGAUUGGCGGAGGAGUCUACUAUUUGAUCAUCCAGAAAAAUCGGAAAUAGGCAUAAAUUGCACUACUUUUAAAAAGAAAAACAAAUGCACAAAAAGUGCUUUGAAGUCCUUCAAGGGUUUGCAUAAAUUCAAAUGA